GAGAAAAGGUGUGCCCUGAUGUCGGUGCUCCCACUCCCUUGCUCUCUCGUCACCGUCCAAACACCCCCCCCCAACCCUCAACAGCAAUCUUCAAAUCUUGCUGUAAUUUGUUCUCAAGAUGCCGAAAGGAAAGUGGAUGUACGCAAUACCCCUCAAUAUCAUGAAAAUUUCUGAGCGUUCGCCCAGCUGAGACCGUUAACUCCUCCCCGCAGUGACAAGAAGACGGCGGCGCACUUCACGCUCGUGUACCGUCCCCAAAAUGACCCGCUCAUCCACGACGAGUCGGCACCAGCCAUGGUGCUCAACCCGACGCAGCCGGCCAACAAGCCGUCCAAAGGCAAGGGGCUGAGCGACCUGGCGUCGGACCUCGGCUCCGAAGCCCUCAGCAUCCGCGACAACGAAGGCGAGGCCGCCAACUACGGCAUCUACUUUGACGACACAGAGUACGACUACAUGCAGCACCUGCGGGACCUGGGCCAGGGCGGGGGCGAGGCCGUCUUUGUCGAGGCGAACCCCGUCGCCAACAACAAGAAGAAGGGCAAGGGCAAGCAGGGGCAGUCGCUCGAGGACGCGCUCCGUCAGUUGGACCUGCAGAACAAGUCGGAAGAGCUGCUCGACAAGGACCUGCUGCCCAGCAAGAACCUGCGGCCGCUGACGUACCAGGCGCAGCAGGACGUGCCGGAUGCGAUCGCCGGGUUCCAGCCGGAUAUGGACCCGCGGUUGAGGGAAGUCUUGGAGGCGCUCGAGGACGACGCGUAUGUUGAUGAGGAGGGUAGCGAGGACAUCUUCAAGGAGCUGGCCAAGGACGGCAAAGAGCUGGAUCCGGACGAGUUCGAGGAGGCGUACGACGAGUUCGCAGACGACGAUGAGGGGUGGGAGUCAGACCGCACGGUGAAGGCGAACAAGGAGGAGACCGAGCACGGUGGGGCGUCUCAGGCCACCGACGCGAGUAAGGCGCAGCCGGGAGAGCCCAGGGAUGCCGGGUCGAAUGAUUGGAUGGAGGAAUUCAAGAAGUUCAAGAACGAUCAGAAGGCGGGGAAGAAACCCCGGGCUGCGGCCGCGCCGUCCGAGAUGCAGUCGUCAAUAUGGACAACCACGACGAACGGCGGGCGGAGGAAGGCGAGGAAGGGCGCCCUUACGAACCCUUCGACGUACUCGAUGACGUCGUCGUCUCUGGUAAGGACAGAGCAGCUGGGGAUCCUGGAUGCGCGUUUUGAGAAACUUGAGGAGGAGUACAACGCCGACAUGGACGACAUGAGGUCAGUCUCGGCGGUAUCGACCAUGUCGACGGUGCAGGGUCCGACGCGGCAUGACUUUGACAAUCUGCUGGACGAGUUCUUGGGUGACUACUCCAUGCACGGCAAGAAGCGGGUGAAGAAGGGCAAGUGGAAGAACGGGUUGGAGCAGUUUGACGAGAUCAGGCGGGAGCUGGGCCCGCCCAUCAUUCCCGCAAAAUACAAGAAAUAGGGGGGAGGACGAACUGCAAAAUGAGAAUGAAGUUUCGAGCACAUGAAUGGCC